UCUGAAACGGACUUGGGACUGGACUCGUGUAAGCUUUCUUGAGGGUGGUGACAGAGUAGCUGGUGGGAGUGGUUUUGGGGGGGAAGUGGAUGAAACUUGCUUGGUGGUUGGUCACCUUUUUUUUAUUGUUAUUUAUUUUUGAUUGAUCACACCAGUGUUCCUUUCUGUGACUUUGUUCUCUGCCUGUUUUUUCUCCCUUUCCCUGGCCGCACUUUCAUCUCUACCUGCUGAUGUCUGUCUUCUGGCUUGCUCUCUUCCUGUUUGCUUCCAGAAGUCCCUUCACUUCUUACCUAGCCCUCAGGUCGAGAUGUUGCGGAGGCUGCUGGAGAGGCCCUGCACACUGGCCCUGCUUGUGGGCUCCCAACUGGCAGUUAUGAUGUAUCUGUCACUAGGGGGCUUCCGAAGUCUUAGUGCCCUGUUUGGUCGAGAUCCAGGCCCAACAUUCGACUAUUCUCAUCCCCAUGAUGUCUAUAGUAACCUCAGUCACCUGCCUGGAGCCCCUGGAGCUGCAGGGGCUCCUCUAGCUCAAGUUCUGCCUGACUGUCCAGAAAGAUCGCCUUUCUUAGUGGGUCCUGUGUCAGUAUCCUUUAGCCCAGUGCCAUCACUAGCAGAGAUCGUGGAGCGGAAUCCCCGGGUGGAAUCAGGGGGCCGGUACCGUCCUGCAGGAUGUGAGCCUCGCUCCCGAACAGCCAUAAUUGUGCCCCACCGUGCCCGGGAGCACCACCUCCGACUGCUACUCUAUCACCUGCACCCCUUCCUGCAGCGCCAGCAGCUUGCUUAUGGCAUCUAUGUCAUCCACCAGGCUGGAAAUGGAACGUUUAACAGGGCCAAACUGCUGAACGUAGGGGUCAGGGAAGCCCUUCGUGACGAAGAGUGGGACUGCUUGUUCUUACACGAUGUGGACCUCCUUCCAGAAAAUGACCAUAACCUCUAUGUGUGUGACCCCCGGGGACCCCGCCAUGUUGCUGUCGCCAUGAACAAGUUUGGAUACAGCCUUCCGUACCCCCAGUACUUUGGCGGAGUUUCAGCACUCACUCCCGACCAGUACCUGAAGAUGAAUGGCUUCCCCAAUGAAUACUGGGGCUGGGGUGGCGAGGAUGACGACAUUGCUACCAGGGUUCGCCUGGCUGGGAUGAAGAUUUCCCGACCACCCACCUCUGUGGGACACUACAAGAUGGUGAAGCACAGAGGGGAUAAAGGAAAUGAGGAAAACCCCCACAGAUUUGACCUCCUGGUCCGUACCCAGAAUUCUUGGACACAAGAUGGAAUGAACUCACUAACAUACCGACUGCUGGCAAGAGAGCUGGGUCCUCUCUACACCAACAUCACUGCAGACAUUGGGACUGACCCUCGGGGUCCCCGGGCUCCCUCUGGUCCCCGAUACCCACCAGGUUCCUCCCAGGCCUUCCGUCAGGAGAUGCUGCAACGCCGGCCCCCAGCUAGGCCUGGCCCUCUGCCUACUGCCAACCACACAGCUCCCCAUGGUUCACACUGACUCUUCUCUGCCCACUGUAAUCAUGAAACUAAGUGGGAGGGGUCGAGUUCCUCAUACCCUCUGCUCCUCACUGCUUUGAGGGAUGUGAGGGACUUUACUGCUGUGCUAGGGGGCAGGGACCUCUCCUCACUACUAGAUUGGAGCUGGGCUCCUCUAGACCUGGAGGUUCCUCUUUCUAGGGGCCACCUGUCAGGGCUUAUGACUGUGAAUCUUUGAUGUCAUUUUAUGUGACAAAUCCUGGGAGUCCUCUGCCCCUGGGGUUAGGAGCAGGGCUGGACCCCACGUCCCUUCCUCGUCUGUGGACAUUGCUCUUUCAAGAGUGACCUGGCUUCUCCUGGGACCUCUGUGAAUAUUUAUUCUAUUUAUGAUGGUUCCUGAGAAGCUGUCUGGAAGAGGAAACCCCUAGCUAGGCAUUUCCUGCAAGUGCUGGAAUGACUCCUCUGGUCUUGACCUAGGGGGCAGGGGCUGGGAUUUUGAUAUCUUUUCUAAUAAAGGACUUUGUCUCACCUUUGCUUGU